AUGGUCAAGAUUGCAAUUAUCACGUACUCGCUGUACGGCCACGUAGACAUUUUGGCUAAGUCCAUUUUGAAAGGAAUUGAGUCAGCUGGGGGGAAGGCAGAUCUAUUCAGGGUUGAGGAAACUCUGCCUGAUGAAGUGCUUGAAAAAAUGCAUGCUCCAGAAAAAUCUGACAUUCCAGUGGCUACGGCACAAACCUUGGAAGAAUACGACGCGUUUUUGUUUGGCGUUCCCACCAGAUAUGGCAAUGUUCCUGCCCAGUGGUCAGCCUUCUGGGACAAAACCGGUGGAUUAUGGGUUAAAGGGGCCUUGCACGGUAAGCCAGCAGGUGUAUUCGUUUCGACCGGUAGCUAUGGCGGUGGCCAGGAACUGACCAUCAAGACCUGCAUGUCGUACUUAGUCCACCACGGGUUGAUUUUCGUUCCUUUGGGCUACAAGAAUACAUUCGCCGAGCUCUCUAACGUGGAGGAGAUCCACGGUGGUUCUGCUUGGGGUGCUGGCACCCUGGCUGGUGGUGACGGAUCCCGUAUGCCAAGUGACUUGGAGUUGAGAAUGGCAGUGGCGCAAGGAAAAGAAUUCUACGAAACUGCCCAACAUUUCCACCUCUCAAGCACUAGGAAGACCGCUCGGGCACAGGCCUCUUCGGACGAAAAAAAGACGGCACUCCAAAGAACAACGCAGUCAACUGCUCCCGCCGAGAAAAAGGGCUCGGACAAAAAGAGCGAUGGCUGCUGUGUGGUGAUGUGA